AUGUCCAGUCCACCGUACAAUAGCAGAACUUCACGUAGUUCAAGAAAGAGACAAAAUGAACAUCACGAUGAUGAUGACGAUGAAAUUGUUCAAAGAGGAGGAGGAGUACCACAUUCAUACAAUCAUAGAUCAUCUCCGGUACAUCAACCUUCAUCCCCAUUAGCUUCUUCACCACAGCAUCAUCAACAACAACAAUUACCCUCAUCCCCAGCUAUCCCUUUUGAUGCAGGUUUAGAUGAUGACGAAGAUGAAGAAAUUCGAAAUGAUAUUGCUGACUUGAAUCCCUCAGAUGAAGAAGAUGGUGAUGAUUUGAUGGACAAUUUGGAAAAUGAUUACCGAGCCAAUCCAGAACAAGACCAAUACGAUUUAGGUGAUGGAAAUAUUGAUGAUACACAAGAAUAUGAUGAGAUGGAUGCGGCAACAAGAAGAAGAAUUGAUGAACAAUUAAAUCGAAGAGAUGCUAUUCUCAAUAAUGCCAAUCGUUCAAGGGGUGGUGCAUUUUUAGAUGAUGAAGAGGAUGAAGAUUUAGAUGGAGUUGACCAGUAUGGUUUGCCUAUUCAAAGAAGAAGAAGAAGACAACACCAACAACAACAUGAUGAAGAUCACGAUGAUAUGAUGGAUGAUAUUGAGAUUGAUCCAUUUAGUGAGGAAUUGUCAUUGGAGAGUUUAACCGACGUAAAAGCUCCUAGUAUUACCGAAUGGAUCUUGCAACCAGCAGUUAGCAGGUCAAUUGCACGUGAAUUGAAAUCGUUCUUCUUAGAAUAUACCGAUGCUAAUGGAGAAUCCGUGUAUGGUAAUAAAAUGAGAACAUUGGGUGAAGUCAAUGCAGAAUCAUUGGAGGUAAGUUACAAGGAUUUAGCCGACUCUAAAGCUAUAUUGGCUAUUUUCUUAGCCACGAGUCCUGAGGAAAUGUUAAAGAUAUUUGAUAUUGUUGCUAUGGAAGCAGUUGAGUUGCAUUAUCCAAACUACUCCCAAAUUCAUCAAGAAGUUCAUGUUAGAAUCAUUGAGUAUCCCACAUUGUUGAAUUUGCGUGAUUUGAGAGAAAACAAUUUGAAUCAAUUGGUUAAAGUGUCUGGUGUGGUUACAAGAAGAACUGGAAUCUUCCCACAAUUGAAAUAUGUUAAGUUUGAUUGCCUCAAAUGUGGAGUCGUUUUAGGUCCCUUCAUUCAAGAUUCAAAUAGUGAAAUGAAGAUUUCAUUCUGUACCAAUUGUCAAAGCAAAGGCCCAUUCAAGAUGAACUCGGAAAAGACCUUGUACAGAAACUAUCAAAGAGUAACAUUACAAGAAGCACCAGGUACAGUACCAGCAGGUAGGUUGCCGAGACACAGAGAAGUGAUCUUGUUAUCUGAUUUAGUUGAUGUUGCCAAACCAGGAGAAGAGAUUGAAGUUACAGGCAUUUACAAAAAUAAUUACGAUGGUAAUUUGAAUGCCAAAAAUGGGUUCCCAGUGUUUGCCACAAUCAUUGAAGCUAAUUCUAUUAGAAGAAAAGAAAGUAGUGCAUUUAUGGGUGGUAACAAUUUGGUUAAUAUUUGGACUGAAGAAGAAGAACGUGAAUUCCGGAAAUUAUCUCGUGAACGUGGGUUGAUUGACAAGAUUAUCUCAUCCAUGGCACCAUCAAUUUAUGGCCAUAAGGACAUAAAGACUGCUAUAGCUUGCUCAUUAUUUGGUGGUGUUGCCAAAAAUGUCAAUGGUAAGUUAUCCAUCAGAGGUGAUAUCAACGUCUUGUUACUAGGGGAUCCUGGUACCGCCAAGUCACAAAUAUUGAAAUAUGUUGAAAAGACGGCUAGUCGUGCGGUGUUUGCCACUGGUCAAGGUGCAUCAGCAGUUGGGUUGACUGCUUCGGUUAGAAAAGAUCCCAUUACACGCGAAUGGACGUUGGAAGGUGGUGCAUUGGUGCUUGCUGAUAAAGGUACGUGUAUGAUUGAUGAAUUUGAUAAGAUGAAUGAUCAAGAUCGUACAUCGAUUCAUGAAGCUAUGGAGCAACAAAGUAUUUCGGUUUCAAAAGCUGGUAUUGUCACUACUUUGCAAGCACGAUGUGCCAUUAUUGCUGCUGCUAACCCUAAUGGUGGUAGAUACAACUCUACUUUACCCUUGUCACAAAAUGUUAAUUUAACCGAGCCAAUUUUGUCCCGUUUUGAUAUCUUGUGUGUUGUUCGUGAUUUGGUCAAUCCUGAAUCAGAUGAAAGGUUGGCUAGUUUUGUAAUCGACUCCCACAUGAGAUCCCAUCCAGCCAAUGCUGAUGGUGUUAUCAAUAAUGACGAUGAAGAAGAUAUCAUUGAAUCCAAUGCAUCAGCUAAAACCAAAGAUGAGAGAUUGGCUGAAUUGAAACAACAAAAAGAACAAGAAAUUUCACCUAUCCCGCAAGAUUUAUUGAUCAAGUAUAUCCAAUAUGCUCGAGUUAAAGUACAGCCGAAAUUACAUCAAAUGGAUAUGGAUAAAGUUGCCAAGGUGUAUGCUGAUUUGAGAAAAGAAAGUAUAUCAACUGGAUCCUUCCCUAUAACUGUCCGUCAUUUGGAGAGUAUUUUGAGAAUUGCUGAAUCAUUUGCCAAAAUGAGAUUGAGUGAUUUUGUUAGUCAAAAUGAUUUGAAUAGAGCUAUUAAAGUGAGUAUUGAUAGUUUUGUUGGUGCUCAAAAAGUUACAGUUAAGAAACAAUUACAAGCCAAAUUUCAAAAAUAUACUUUGCCUACUAGAGCUAGGUGA